AAGGGUGAGAUCACAUCUCCCUGGAGUCCCGUGCAACCGGCUUUUCAGAGCCUCGCCAUGAGCCGGCAGACAGAGCCCCACACGGCGCAGACCGUGGGCUUCUCCGUCCUCCCUGAGCAGCCGACUUUGCCCAUGUCUCAAUACGGCCCCAGCUCGGACUUCAAGGAGGCUUUGGACAGUAGUCCCGAGGCCAAUGCAGAAGAUGAAAAGACGGAGGAGGACAUGCCCAUGCCCAAGAACUACCUGUGGCUCACCAUCGUCUCGUGUUUUUGCCCCGCGUACCCCAUUAACAUCGUGGCUUUGGUCUUCUCUAUCAUGCAAGGUUUGCAAGAAAGCGGCUCUCACCAUUUCCCCAUGAGAAAACGGAGGCUCAGACAGGUGACAUCAGUGGACAAAAUGAAACACCACAGUCCUUGCCUCCGUGCAGUUUACAGUCUAGUUGCUUGAAGCAUUCUAAAGGGCUGGCUAUGAYUUGUCCUUUGGUGGGGACACGGCUUUGAUGGUCUGAAAGCUUUCUCUUUUAAUAGACUUACCCCAUCAAUAAAGGAGCAUCCUAUAAUACUGUCCAUCAAGCCUGGCAGAAUGCCUCCCUCCCUUUUGGCUUUUGAUUGACAGGCAAAAAAAAUAAUUCUCACUUGUCCUUGAAGAUGUUUAUAGGGAGGAGAAGGAGCAAAGGCCCAAGAUGAGUUAAUGAUGAUCAAGAGGAAAUGCACUUGUCAUCUGGAAACCCAGUCUCAGAAUUCCCAGAAAUACCUGUAGGCGCAAAAACUCAGGAGCAAGCAAAAACCUAARCAAGAAAUUCUAAAGUCAUCUGAAAACUCAGGCUUUAUUACUAAAAAUAUGUACCAAGUGCCCACGAACAUCAAGCUACUUGGAUGGGAGCCUUCUAUCUGGAGUUUAGACUCUAAAACAGCACUGAUCUAUAUAAAGAAACUUCUUCAAUCUGCACAAAAGGACUUCGGGCUGCCCUGAGAGACUGAUGUCAUUCUACAGGUMUGUGUGGAGGGCAGGAUCGGGGAGAAGGGCAGAGAGAAAGAGACAAAUGUAAAGACAGACAKAGAGACAGCAAGACAGAGGCAGAUKGAUCAGCUUUCACUUGAUUCCCAAUGGCCAGAUAUGUCUCAGACAUGCAAAGGCAAGAAGAGGAAUCGUCAUGGCUUUGAAAGAGAAGAGAUGGUUUGAAUAAAAGGAACGUGUUCUAAAAUUAGAGUUUCAGAAUGGCAAUUCAACAAAUCAGAAUAUUUGGUAUACUCACAUAGCAAAAAUAAAUAAAUAAAUAAAUGAUAAGUUUUAAAA